AGUGAAAAAAUAUCGCAUUCUUCAUCACAGAGGUAAACACAGAGGCGGCCGCGGGCCACACAGCUCGAGUCCACCCGGCCGGCUCCCCCAGAGGCCAUUCCUGCCCAGAGCCGCCGAAUCGGGACCAAUCCCGUCGAUCCUUCUGGCCGCCGCCGCCGCCGCGGGACUCUCCAGAGGCGGCCUCCGAUUCGGCCGGGGCCGGGGGGAACCGGGGACAUGGGGCUCGGGGCGGCGGCGGGGCGGCUCCUGCCGCAGGUGGACUGGGAGCGCGAGGCCUACCCGGCGUACGACGACUUCCUCGCGCUCCCGGCCUUCGUCCUCUUCUUCCCCACCGUCCGCUUCUUCCUCGACCGCUUCGUCUUCGAGAGGGUUGCAAGGAGGCUUAUACUUGGGAAAGGACAUCAGAGAACUAAUAAUGAGACAGAAGAAAUAAGGAAGAAGAUAAGAAAAUUCAAGGAGUCGGCUUGGAAAUGUGUUUAUUUCCUAUCCGGAGAGCUUUUAUCUCUGUCAGUCACAUAUAAUGAGCCUUGGUUCACCAAUACCAAAUAUUUUUGGGUAGGACCUGGAGAACAAGUUUGGCCUGAUCAAAAGAUAAAAUUGAAACUUAAGGCGGUGUACAUGUAUGCUGCUGGAUUCUACACAUAUUCCAUAUUUGCACUUAUGUUUUGGGAAACGAGGCGUUCAGACUUUGGCGUUUCGAUGUCACAUCAUGUUGCUACUGUUGUUCUGAUCGUUCUAUCUUAUGUGUUCAGAUUCGCUAGAGUUGGCUCUAUAGUAUUGGCAAUUCAUGAUGCAAGUGACGUUUUCCUGGAAGUAGGGAAGAUGUCCAAGUACAGCCAUUGUGAUUGGCUUGCCAAUGUUUCAUUUCUUCUUUUUGUUGUUUCAUGGGUUCUUCUCCGGCUCACAUAUUUUCCAUUCUGGAUUCUGAGAAGUACAAGCUAUGAGGUAUUGUUGACUUUGGAUAAAAAGAAGCACAAUUUCGACGGUCCUAUAUACUAUUAUGUGUUUAACUCCCUUCUAUUUUCACUACUUGUUCUUCACAUAUAUUGGUGGGUUUUAAUAUAUCGGAUGCUUGUGAGGCAAAUCAUGACAAGAAAUGUUGGAGAUGAUGUUCGAUCUGACUCAGAAGGAGAAGACGAGCACGAAGAUUGAUUGGCACCACCAUCUUAUCUUAUCUUCUGUAUUGUAACGAUGCUACAAGCAUCGACUCCAGUGCCCCAAGCUUCCGCAUUCUUUUCCUGGAUUUCAAGACAUGUGCAGAUUAUGGGAGGACGAGCAUUGUUCCUCACGAGAUUCAUCGGAGCUGAGCUACGGUUUCUUCUGCCUCGGCCGCACAUCUGUGUUGUACCAUGUAUGCAUGAUAAUACAUUGCUCUCCAGCGCAUUAGGAGCAGCUGGAUAUCGAAGACAACAUUCUUUUGGGUGUAAACUCUGUAGAGAGAUGUUAAGCGUUACCCUGUAACCGUAGCACCAACGUGGCGUUCCAGAAAAAGACUGGUUGUAAACUAAAAGCCUUUCUGUCGACAGACCAUGCACAUCCUGUGGUAAUGCCAGGGGUGGCCUCUGUUUGGAACUUGGCCGUCUGUAGCGCUGGUGAUGAACCCUUGUGCUUGCUGAGCUGCAGUUUGCAGAAGGCCGGAA